UUUGGGGGGGGGAGGGGAAGAAAAACGGAAAAGAGAAUAAAAAGAGCGGCUGUGCAGCUGUGGCCCGUCACGCACACGGCAGCUAAGGGCGCGCGCGCGGAUUUUGAGACGCGGUGGAGCGCGCUGCGUGGGGUGGGCGCGAACGGUGGCGUUGGUCCACGGUGCCUGCGCGCUGGUUAGGGAGCGGGAGAGCUCUUUCAGCGAGCCGCUGCGCAGUGCGCCCUCCAGCGCGCCUGCCCGCCCGCCAGUGGGUGCGGGGUCCCCCGCGCCGGCAACAGCCCCGCGCCCUCCCCUUCUCCAUCUCUUCUCCCCCCCCAAUGCCCAAGCGAGGUCGAGUCGCUCCCGCGCGACGGCGAUGACUCCAGCCUUGGCCAGCCGCCGCCAGAGCUGCCCCCCGCCCGGCCUGGCUGGGGUAUGCUCCCCGGUCCCCGCUCUCUGCGCGCGGAUGCGGGAGGCGAGCGGCGCCAGCUGCCUCCACGACGGAGCCGGGGCUUGUUGCAGAUGCCAAGAAACGAAACCUGCAUGAAAACUAUGCCUUUUAAUACCAAUAUUAAUACAAUAUCGGAGACGGCUUGAGUGCAGAUGGAGACAAACUCCUAGUGGAUGCAAUUAUACACUGGUGAGGCUGUCAAUGUGCUGAACUGGUGCCUGACUGUGAAAAUGGACUGAAUGAGGGCUAAUAAACUGAGGCUCAAUCCAGACAAGACUGAGAUGCUGUUAGUGGGUGGUUCUUCUGACCAGAUGGUGGAUGUCCAACCUGUCCUGGAUGGGGUUGCACUCCCCCUGAAGGAGCAGGCUUCACCCACCAUGGUCCUCAAGCUUCUGAUGUGAGGCGCUUGAUUUUGAAGUGCCAGAACCGCAGAGUGUUACUUCCUGUGAGGAUGAACCUGACUGAUUGGGCUGAGGCAAAGUGGACGGAUCGCUCCAAUUCCUCGGCACAGCUGCCUCCACACUCUUGGGGCAGCAACAACACCUUUACCUUCCAAGAAGAUCUCCAAGAGAUUAUCCACACAGCCACCUUGGUCACGUGUACCUUCCUGUUAGCCAUCAUCUUUUCCUUGGGUUCCUAUGGCAACCUCAUUGUCUUCUUGUCCUUCUUCGACCCAGCCUUCCGGAAGUUCCGGACCAACUUUGAUUUCAUGAUCCUCAACCUGUCCUUCUGCGACCUCUUCAUCUGUGGAGUGACUGCCCCCAUGUUCACCUUCGCCCUCUUCCUAGAUUCCGCAGCUGGCAUCCCUGAUGCUUUCUGCUUCACCUUCCACCUUACCAGUUCCGGCUUCAUCAUCAUGUCCCUCAAGACCGUGGCUGUUAUCGCCCUUCACCGGCUCCGCAUGGUGUUGGGGAAGCAGCCCAACCGGACUGCCUCUUUCCCUUGCACUCUCUUGCUCACCUUGGUCUUGUGGGCCACGAGCUUCACCCUGGCCACGCUGGCCACCAUGAGGACACAAAAAUCCCGUCUCUGCCUUCCCAUCUCCAGCCUAGUCAGUGGCGAGGGAAAGAUCAUCCCUUACUUGUACGUUAUUGACUUCAUUUGCUGUGUGGCGGUGGUGUCGGUCUCUUACAUCAUGAUUGCCCAGGCCUUAAAAAAAAAUGCCCAAGUGCGGAAAUGUCCUCCCGUCAUCACAGUGGAUGCAUCCAGGCCUCAGCCUUUAAUUGGACCACUUGCUGCUGGGUGCACUGAUGGGGUGCAGUGCGCUGUGCCUGCUCUUUACAGAAACCAACACUACAACAAGCUGCAGCACAUCCAAACCCAUGCCUACACAAAGAGCCUCAGCCAGCUGUCUGCACCUGCAGCUGGCAGAUUCCAGCUGGUGUCCACGAUGAACUUGUCUGCAGCCAAGGACUCUAAAGCCGUGGUGACGUGCAUCGUCAUUGUCCUUUCUGUUUUAGUUUGCUGCCUGCCACUGGGCAUUUCUUUGGUGCAAGAUGUUUUGUCUAGGAACAGUGGCUUUAUUCUCUACCAGUUUGAACUGUGUGGAUUUACGCUCAUUUUUUUCAAGUCUGGAUUAAACCCUUUUAUAUAUUCCCGCAACAGUGCAGGGCUAAGGAGGAGGGUCCUUUGGUGCCUCCAGUACUUAGCCCUUGUCUUUUUCUGCUGCAAGCAGAAAACCAGACUUCGCGCUGUGGGCAAAGGGAGCUUGGAGGCCAAUCGAAACAAGUCGUCCCAUCACGAGACUAACUCGGCUUAUAUGCUGUCUUCGAAGCCUCAGAAAAAGUUUGUGGACCAAGCGUGUGGCCCUAGCCACUCUAAAGAAAGUGUGCUGAGCCCUAAGGGGUCUGCCAGCCAUCAGCAUUACGGAGGCCAGAGCAGCUCCACCCCCAUGAACACCCGCAUUGAGCCUUAUUAUAGCAUCUAUAAUAGCUGCCCUUCCCAAGAAGCGAGUACUCCCAAUAGCCUGCAGCCCACAAACUCUCCGUUUGGAUUUGCCCAGUCUUACAUUGCCAUGCACUAUCACACAACUAAUGACCUAGUGCGGGAUUUUGACAGUACCUCUGCUAAGCAGAUACCGGUUCCCUCGGUGUAGCUGGUGGGAGCUGAGAGUCUAAUGUUCUACCACAGUGGUGGCCAACCUUUUCUUGGCAAGUAUGCCCCAAGUCAUCCAAAGUAUGAUAUUGUGCUACUCUUCACGUGCACUCUGGCAGGGAUAGCCAACGUGGUGCACUCCAGAUGUUGUUGGACUACAGCUCCCAUCAACCACAGCCAGCUUGGCCGGUAGUCAGGGAUGAUGGGAGUUGGAGGCCAGCAGCAUCUGCAAGUCACCAUAUUGGCUACCCUUAUACUGCAGUACGCCUUUAAAAUCCUCAUGCUCUGCGGUGGCUUUGCUGUUAGUCUGCUGAGCAGCCGACACACAAGAAGGCAGGAUUGCAUGUCUAACUUUGUGCCACAGUCAGGCUUUCAAGCUCUCCGGUCCUGGUCUAGGCAUUUCACUCAGUGGGUAUUACACUCGAAAGUAUAUUUUGCCCCCUGAAUUCCAGCAUAUAUAAUUUUUUUGUCAAAAUGCUGCCCAUCAUAAAUCACCAAUUAGAAGCUCUGCUUCAGAACUGAACUAGGUAUUGUUGUACUGUUUCUGUGGUAUCCUCUUGAAAGCGCACAAUUCAAGCAUUAACAAAGAAGUUUGCUUUCUAAUGGUUUCUACUCCGAAUUGUAUAUAUUAUUGGUUUCAUGUGGAACUUUUUUUAAAAAAGGGCUGGCAAUAAAUGUUGGUGGUAAAGCAUGUGCACUGGCAACUUCUCCCCGAAACUAGGAUUGGGCUCAAGGUUGAGAGGGAUCUCAGCAAAGUGUCAUGCUGUGCACACACACGCACACACAGAGUCAGUGAGCUCCCACUGUUCUGGGGCCCCUUUUAAUCUCCACCCCCCAAAAAAUUAUUUACUAUUUGCCACAGUGCAUUGCGAGUAGAGAUGUAAAGGCUCAGAAAAAAACCCAGAAAAAUAUGGAUUUUUUCCCCUCUUCAUUUUUUCCAUUUCUUCACAUCUCUAAUUGUGAGGCAAAAACAUGGCCGCAGUUACAAAAAUGGGAAAUACCUGUGUGUGUGUGUAGGCAGUGACCAUAUUGUUUUCUCCCCACAAACCCUGGGCACCUCAACUUCUGGGACGUGGGAAGGGGGAAACCAAGAUGGUGGCUAGAAGCUGCUGAACACUGAAGCAUCGGGGGAGGGAGUGAAGAAUUAUUUUUUUAAAAAAUUAAAAGGUGGCCCAGGGCAAUUGUUAGAAGAUGGGUCCCUGAGAGUGCUAGGCCUAUAACUUCCUUCAAGGACACCUUGUACUGAAGCUUCUUUUGUCCCCAACGGUUAGAUAAUCUGUCAGGACCAGAUUUUGUUUUACUGUUAGUUUUUGUUGUUUUGAAAGAAUUUCGAAUGCAAAAUGAAUUGGGAGAAAGUUUAUAGAAGGCACUUUUAAAUGCUAAUUUAUAGAGGAAACAAAUGCAGUGUUUUCAUAUGAAUAUAGUAUGGUUGUUAAGGAACUGAAACGAGCCCAUGCAAUCCCAUGUUCUCAGAUAGAUUCUCCUUUCUAUAUCAGCUUUAUAGAUAAAUUAUUCAAAGUUA